CGCACUGGCAUCUCGGUACGCAAAGGGCAAGGUAUUGAUUGGGAGUACUCUUGUUGGUACUCUUUUGUACUCGACAUCGAUAAGACAUUGUCCUCAACACGGGCAGCCCGGCAGAGCAAGAAACGAGAGCAAGACUAUUUCGACCCAUUCUAUGACAUUUUGUUCGCAACUGGAAAAAAUUUUUUGCCAUCGCAGCUUUGUUCUUGUAUUCGUUCCGUGCGCUAAAACCACUCAGUGAUUCGGGCAGGCGAAACAAUCGAGUAUGGAGUUGGUCGAUCGCAAACGGGCUUUUUUCGGGGUGGCAACGCCUAUUUGCCAUGCCAGUGCGUACCACAUCACAUUCUGAUGAUUUAUUUGUUCACUUUUUGAGCAUAUAGAGGAGCCUUUAACCAUUACAAUGGUCCGACGCACGUGUUUCGGGCCCAAGCGUGGAUGAGGCUCUCACAAUAGUGCCAAGACAAUGGUGGGGAAGGUGCACUUCAGGUUCAUCAGUCGCAGCUUCCCUUACAUGAGAGGGGGGGGGGUGACCCAGGAGGGGAAAGAGCCAACGGAGCCUGACAGCCUGCGGCUGCGUUCACAGAGUCAGCAUCACAACCACGACUUCAAUAACCACCACAAUACAAUCAUUCAUCAUUGAGCUUCAUCGCGACUCUGCAGACUCGGUGUGACGCCCGACUUCAAUUGAUCCUCUAUAUUGACAAUUUUGAUUUCCAUUCUCAUCUCCCUCUGUCUCUCGCCGGGCCAAGGGCAUGUCCCCUCGUUGUCUCGAGUCCUAACUACACGAUUGUCCACGUCUCCCCAACCAGCCUCAGCCUGUUCUCCUGCCUUCGUUCUCAACGUACUUCCUUUCCCCCUAAACUUUCCCCCGCAUAUAAACGCCGAUCAUGUCAUCACAACCUGCAUCACAGCAGAAGCCACAAAUCCAACCUUGCAGAUACAAGACGGGUGCGAUAACUCGACCUCGUUACCCUUCGAAACGUUGCUUACGUCCAAACAGGAAAGACAUUGGGGGCUGGCUCAUAUUCAGUGGUCAAGGAAUGUGUCCACAUAGACACUGGCAGAUACUAUGCCGCCAAAGUCAUCAACAAACGGCUCAUGGCUGGCCGGGAACAUAUGGUUCGAAACGAGAUCGCCGUCCUAAAACGUGUCUCGGUCGGACAUCGAAACAUUCUGACCCUCGUCGACUAUUUUGAAACAAUGAACAAUUUAUACCUUGUCACCGACCUCGCCCUCGGAGGAGAACUGUUCGAUCGAAUAUGCCGAAAAGGUUCCUACUAUGAAUCCGACGCUGCCGACUUAAUCAGAGCCACGUUAUCCGCAGUCGCAUACCUUCACGAUCAUGGCAUCGUUCAUCGAGACCUGAAGCCUGAAAACCUCUUGUUUAGAACCCCGGAGGAUAACGCAGAUCUCCUCAUUGCCGACUUUGGGUUAUCCAGAAUCAUGGACGAAGAGCAGUUCCACGUCCUAACCACCACAUGUGGAACUCCUGGAUAUAUGGCACCUGAAAUUUUCAAGAAGACUGGUCAUGGCAAACCUGUCGACAUUUGGGCGAUAGGCGUUAUUACCUACUUCCUACUCUGCGGAUACACCCCAUUUGAUCGUGACUCGAACCUCGAAGAAAUGCAAGCCAUCCUUGCUGCUGACUAUUCUUUCACUCCGGUAGAAUAUUGGCGAAACGUUUCCGAACCCGCGCGUGACUUUAUCAGACGGUGUCUCACAAUCGACCCUCGCGCUCGAAUGACCGCGCAUCAAGCAUUACAGCACCCUUGGAUCAGAGCCGACGACCCUGUCAGCCCCGAAAAGACUGCAGGGGAAGGCCAAGACCUGCUUCCCACUGUCAAGAAGAACUUUAAUGCCAGGCGCACCUUGCACAAAGCCAUCGACACAGUACGUGCCAUCAACAAAUUACGUGAAGGUGGCGGUCUUAUGGCAGCUGGGCAAAUGGACGGAGCCAUGAGUGUCGACCCGAAGCCCAAGAACGAAGUCGUCGAUGGUAGCAAGGUGCUGAACGAUCAAGGACAUGCGACUGGCGAAGAGGCACAAGGUCCUCAGGGCAAUGAUGCUGAUGCCAUGGAGAUCGAUUCAAGAGGAAACGCUCGUGGCCAAACCGAAGAUCAAAUCCGACGACAACAACAACGAAUCAAUGAAACUGUCAGUGGGUUGUGGGGAAAGAAGGACUAAACACAAGACAGAAGUGUUACGUGUCAUGGACGAACCCAUCGAAAUACCCUUCUGUUGUGGUUGUGGAAAUUUGAAACGAAUGUUAUGCCACUUGACAAGCGAUCAAAAUCGAUACAAUGUUAUAGAAUCUUGGAGCAAGGAAAGAAGCUUGUGUAUCUCGACUGACCUCUCGACAUGAUUGAGUUUGUUGAUGUGCGAGAGAUGAGACCACCAUUUAAGGAGACUUUUUGGGGCUGCUGGACGGCUAUCACAGAUUUGUUCUUGAAUCAUGAAAACAUUCAAGCCAUUAUUUUAUGUUUCGCAGAAUGAUCUGGUGCUGAGUUUGAAUGCGGGCGCAAAGUGAUGCGUAGAGAAUCGGAUUCAAGAUGCCCGGAUGACCUGAUGUCAAGGCAUAGAUUCUAAGCAGGCAGCUGAAGGUGAUCUUCUAUGCACCUCGUUCGCAUACCGUCUCUAUAUCAUACAAUGCUCAUUACAAGCCCUUGCCACCUCCUCGG